CCUUCCUCGCCCUCUCUUCCUAGGCUGGCCCUCGAGGCUGCCGGCUGGGCCUUUCACCUUCAAGCAAAGCUAUGAAGUAGCGGUCGCUGAGGCUCCUGGCGCCCAGCGGGGCCCCGGCCGCCGCACACUCCCCCCAGCCGAGCCUCGCCUCCCGGGACCCGGGGCGGAACACGCUCCAGGGGCGAGGCCUGCGGGCCACACUCCCGCCCGCCCGCCCGCCUGGAUUCAGGGCGAGUCCGGCCCGGGACUCUGCAGCGGCCCCGGACCGGGAGAGUGGGGCAGGGCCUCGCCUCUCCGAGGGAUGGAGGGGAUGGAGGCGGAGGCCAAGCCCGCGCGCCCCUCUCAAGCAUCCAGGUCUGGGAGCAGAACAAGCCCCAAGCAAGUAACUCCAGCUAUGGCUAGAAAUGGUGCUGAGCAGCCAGACAGUGGACCUCUCCGGAGACCUUCCCUCUGCCCCCAGGAAGACCGAGCAUCUAACCUGAUACCCCCCAAGCCUCCCAGGACAUGGGGGCUGCAGCUCCAAGGUUCUUCUGUGCUGGAGUCUAAGGUGAAGGCCUUGAAGGAGAAAAUGACAGCAGGAAACCAGGGGAUAACUCCCUGUCCCACGUCCUAUGAGUAUCCUUCCCCCACAAAAUCCAAAUGCCACCAAGUCAAGCCUGGAGCAGUCUGGAGCCUACCAGAUGCCCUGGUGAUCCCCCAUGCUCAGAACCCUAAUGAUGGACAUCUGGCCAGACAUGUUAAUGACAAGAAACAUGCCAGGAACAAUGGAUCCAAGCCAUCUACCCCCGAGAGCUGGAAUGAAUACAACCCGUGGUCUCCAGAAGCAGUGUGGAUGCUGGCUGAUCAUGAGGAGGACCCAGUACCAAGGUCUGGCUCUUUACAAGAAAGUCCCAACAACCGGGUUUUUGCGUGCCAGCCACAGGGGCCUGGUCCCUGUAAAACCACCGCCUUGAGCAGCCUGAAGAAGGAAAGACCAUAUCCGCUUGGAGAUAGUGUGGUCACAAAGGAAGAUGUGGACAGCACAGCCUUAACCUCCGGGGAGGAUUUAGUUCCCAGAACAGACCAGCCAGAGAUGUUCCUGAGAACUGGUGGCCUGGAGGCUCUGGGCUCUGCCGAAAAUGCUUUAUCCCUGUCUGACCGGGUAGAGAGGAACCGUCUCCUGCUGCAGGAGAUCCUGAAGGUUUCCAGACAGAGUCCUCCCAAAGCAGGGAGCCCAGACUGGACUCCGUCCUGGGAUAGGGAUGCAUCAGAGCGACCAGCGGGAGACGUGGACUGGGACUCGGGCACCCCCCAGCAGGACUCAGGUCAGAGCAGAACCUCUGUUCCCAAGCUGGGGCCUAUGCCGAGCGCCAAGCAUGAGGAAGCCAAGCAUCUGCUUCGUCUUGCUCGCAUGAAGGCCAAGACCCAACCUCUCCGAGCCAGCCAUGAUAUUGUGCCCACCAUUGCUCAGGGCAGCCGAAAUGGCCAGAGAAGCCCAGCCCCGGAUGUGAGGACCACCUCGACCCACAGAGAAAACCUCCAGAAUGGGAACUUGAAUGACCCCUCCAGCGAAGAGUCCAGCAAUGAGCAGUGGCCCAAGCAAGGAAUACCCCUGUCUCAUGUCCGUUUUGAAGAUGAGUCUGCCCACGAGGCUGAAUUCCGGUACCUGGACCGGCUUCAGCAGCGCCAGCGUCAAGUGUUAAGUACAGUGCUACAUGCUGUGGACCAAGGACCUCUGCGCUCCAAACCGGACCUAACCAACUAUAUUAACCGCAACGUGGGGAACAGCUCAUUUCAUAGGGCUGUGGGCUGCCUGGACCAGAGUAACUUUCCUGUACCACCACCUCCAUGGGACAAUGGGAGGAAGUGUCCAGCCUGUGGCAGCUGUCUUGAGGGGAGGGCAGCCUCUGACCUGAGGGUCCUCCGGAGUCUCCAGGCUGCCUGUGAGGCAGAGGCAGUACUGCUGGGGCCCUGUAAUUCCCAUGGCUUGAGCUCCCCAUUCCCAGGGCUCCACACAGAAUGGAUCCGGGAAACACACAUCACAGACACACACCCUGAAGAGGAGGACUCUGCCCUGGACAGCACCCACAGUUCAGACAGCUGGACAGACAGUAACGAUGCCAGGACCUCUCAGCCCAGCAGGGCAGGUGAGCAGAUACAAGCCAGCAUCCCCCAGCAAUGGCAGCAUGGGUCUAGGCCUCAGGGAGGUCUCAGGUGGUCCAGAAAGGCUGCGAUGGAGCUGCCCUACAGCCUUCAGACCUGGUCUCACCUGCCCGAGAUUGACAAUGUAGUUGUAGGAGGGGAAGAGAAAGAAGCCAGUGGACACAUACCUCAGAGGACUUUGUUUCUAAAGGAAGAUACCUUGGAACCUAAGAGGCCUUGGUCCCAGGGGAAGCUUGGACCACGGUCAGGAAGUCAUUGGGCCCACCCUGAGGACUGCAGAUCUCCAUACAGGACAGCUUAUGCUGUGCCGUUUUCCAAGACAUGUCGUUCUUCAGGAUCAGGCCAGUCAGACCAAGUUCUUCCUGAAAGCCAUGAGUCUCUGGAAACUAUCUGCACUUCUCCCCUCCAACGGAGCCAGGAAGAGCCCUCUGCACCCUUCCCAGCUUUGCAGCCAACUUUGCCCUUCCCCUCGGAAGUGCCAACCCCUCCUCCGAGGAAAUCCGUCCAUCCCAUGCCUCCAAGAAAGUUAGUCCAGAUGGGAUAUCACAGGCAGGAACACCAGGUGGAGCAUAUGGAUACCCCCCUGCCUCCGUCCCCUCCAAGAACUGUGGUUCUCACACGACCCCAACCCCAAUCCUGCAUCCCCCGAGUCAAGCAUCCACUCCUGGACCUGUCCAACAACAACUACAGCAGCAGUGCCCCUCUAGGGGUGCAGGGACCCUCGGGAGCGGCUGUCCACAGGAGUAGAUCUGAAAAGGACCAGUGUUGUCAGGCGCCUGCGCUGCCUCUGGAGAGCAACGGAGAGCGAACACUGCAGGACUCUCUCCAGUCAGCGGAUGUCGCCACUGUCAACUCUACAGCCAUUACCCUCGCCCUUACCUCAGAGGAGCCUGAGCACAGCCAGGAGCAGGGAGGAGGUCCACAGAGGACGGAAUCCAGCUCUGGGGGCCACGUGCCCACUGGAGCAUCACUUGAGGCCAGUGUAGGGCACAAGCCACCCUCAGCUGCCCAUUCUGAUGGGAAUAAGAAAAGGAGGGGUAGUAUUUCCUCCACCCUGGGGCUCAAAAAGCUUUUCUCAGCCCUGGGCCACACCCCCUGGCCUAGACUUGGCCCAUCCCGAAGCUACAGUGUGGAACAGCUGCAGCCCUCAGCACUGGCUCCACAAACCAGCACCUCCAAAGUGAAAAGAGCCCCAUCGUUACAGAUCCUGCAUCUGGUGUCACCUUCCCAUCAACAUCGGAGAGCAACUUCCUUUCAGAACCUCCAUUCUCUGCUAGGUGGCAAGGGAGACCGGUCCAGCCUCUACCUGGUAGAGGGGUCAGAGGACAGCAGUGCACCCAGCAGGCUAGCCAAGGCCUUUCCCCAUCGUGCCCUCAGUGUGGAAGAUGUGGGUGCCCCUAGCCUGGUUCGUACUGUGGGGCGCGUGGUGGAGGUGUUCCCAGAUGGCACGAGCCAGCUGCAGCUGCAGCGACCCCCAAAGGGCACCUUUGGUUUCUGUGUGGCCUAUGGCAGUGGCCGUCGAGACUCAGGGCUCUAUGUGCAGGCCAUGGCUGACCUGAAUACCUCCAAGCUGUACUCGGGGCUGCUUGGGGUUGGAGAUGAGAUCCUGGAGGUGAAUGGAGCAAAGGUUGCUGGGCUGGGCUUGGCUCACAUCAAAGAGCUACUGGCUCAUGCAGAGAGCUUGUCAAUUCGUGUCUUGAGACAAAGGCCUGUCCCCCAGUGACCCAGAAAUAUUGCUGCUCUUGCCGACACUCCUUCAGGACCCCUGACUCCCACACACAGCAGGAGGGGCCAGAAACUCACCACCCAGAGAUAUCGUGUGAACGGAAAAAUGCAGUUCACUGAUCAGGCAUCUGUCUGGGCUGUGGCAGAAGCUGUUCUGAUCCGCCACCUGGAGGAAGAGGCCGAGGACCCGUGUGUACAGCCAGUUAAGGUUACUAACUUAUACAGGUCUGGGGAUCGAGAAUCUUGGUUUCUCCCUUCACAGAAGUGGUCAUGUUCCUUUGUUGGAGGGAAAGAACAGCAACUGACUAAUCCUUGGAUUGGUCCCUGAGAGCUGGCUUCAGCUUCUGGCCACACUCACUGAGAAGGCUCCCCAGCCCCCCAGCACGCCAGAGACAGCGUGGCCACAUUGGCUUUGUGCCCUAUCUCUUUCAGCCAUGGCUUGCCUGGUUUCCAUGUGACACUUUGCGUCUGAUCCAGAAAGGGCUCAGUGUCUUGGCACAGCCUGACAGCCAGGAGCACAUUCCUAACUGUGUGUCUUGUGAAGUAUGGCCUGUCAGAAGUUCUGUGCCCCUUCUAGGUAUGCAAACUUCUGAGAGAUUCUGGGAGCCAGAAUAUUAAGAAUUACUAAAGAUUUUUAUGACCAACACAAAGUUGAAAAAUGAAACCAUUGCCAUUUGCAGCAAGUGUGGCCAUGGUACUAAGGAUGUGGGGGACCGCCCAGCCAGCCCUUUGCCCCCACCCCUGCCUACAUGGAGGUUGUUGUAGCCUGGCCUGGGCGGGCCUUUGUCUUUGUUCUCUUGUCCAGCGUAGAGACAGGGCUGCAGCUGGUGUCUGGCUGUCCCCCAGCUGCAGGGUUCCUAUCCAGACCUCCCUGGUAGCAGCUGUGGGUGGGCAGUAGGCAGGGAGGCUGUGAGCUGGGGGUGGCUGUCCCACCUAAGCACAGCACAGCCUGCUCAGCUUAGAUCCUGCUCAAGGACUCUAGAUGCCUGGACAGGUGUCAGGCUUAAAUUAUUAAAAAGCCGAAGCUGCUUCCACUGGA